CCCGCCCACACGGAACCUGUUCAGGGCAAAUACUUAGACCAGAUCCAGUUGCUUCUGCUCCAACCAGUUCCAAGGCCCCCAAAGGGAGAGGCCCUCUCCUCGAGGUGAGGCAGGCCAGGUGCCACUGGCCUCCUGCCCCGUGACUCAGCACCCUCACCAAGUACAACAGGACUUUUGCCCCCGCGGCUCUGCCAGCUUCCUGCUCAGACCCCUGCAGAGCUUCCUGCAGCACAGGCCCAGGAUGCAGGGAGCCGAGGCCCGCCAGGGCCAGGGCCAGUCCUCCGGUGGGACAGGCACGCGGGGCCGGCCCUGGGUCAUCCCACUCACCUACGCACUGGUCGCCCUGGAGUUCACGUGCCUCUUCAUGCGCUUCUCCAUCCUGCCGUACCUGUCCCGGAGGCUGGGCCUGGAUGCUGUCACCUUUGGCUACCUGCAGACAACCUUUGGCUUGCUUCAGCUGCUGGGGGGGCCCAUGUUCGGCAGGUUCGCAGACCAGCAUGGGGCUAGGGUAGCAUUCACACUUUCCUUCCUGGGGUCCUCUGCGUUCUACCUGCUCCUGGCGGCCGCCUGCAGCCCAGCCCUGCCCGGCAUGGCCUUCUUUUGGGCCUCACGCCUGCCUGCUGUACUCAUGCACACGUUGCCAGCUGCCCAGAUGGUCAUCGCGGACCUGUCUGCGCCCAAAGAUCGGCCCGCGGCCCUUGCACGGCUGGGCCUGUGCUUAGGUGUCGGUGCCAUCCUCGGCUCCCUGCUCGGCGGGACCCUGACCGAGGAGUGUGGCCCACAGCCUCACCGCUGGCGCAUCUGCAGCGGGUGCUGGUCCCACCAUCCCACACAGCCGCCACUACGGACCCACGCCACGGAGAGGAUCAGGCGCUUUCUCAGCCACCCUGUGCUGAGGGCUGUGGCCGCAGUGAUUCAGUGUCCAGCCAUUGUGGCUCUUGGGGGCAACCUCUUGGGAGCCGGCCUCAGCUUCACCUGCAUCCCGGCCAGCACCAAAGGGGCCUGUGAGCACCCCCAGGCUGCCCUUCCAGGCAGCCCCAAGGCCAGCGUGUUUGACCUGAAGGCCAUCGCCCACGUGCUGCUGCAGCCAGGCGUCCUGCCCGUGUUCCUCAUCAAGGUGGUCUCCGGCCUCCCGUCCGGGCUCUUCAUGGCCAUGUUCCCCAUCAUCUCUGUGGGCUUCUUCCAGCUGCAGGCCGCCCAGGCUGGCUACCUCAUGUCCUUCUUCGGGGUCCUCCAGAUGGUCGUCCAAGGCCUGGUCAUCGGGCGGCUGAGCAGCCACUUCUCAGAGGGAGCGCUGCUCCGGGCCAGCGUGCUGGCCUUCAGCAUGGUGGGACUGGCCAUGGCACUGAUGUCCAGCGUCUUCCACUUCUGCCUCCUGAUGCCCGGCCUGGUCUUCAGCCUGUGUGCCCUCAACGUGGUUACCGACAGCAUGUUGACCAAGGCCGUCUCGGCCUCGGACACGGGGACCAUGCUGGGCCUCUGUGCUUCUGUGCAGCCGCUAACUCAGACCCUGGGCCCCACCCUGGGCGGCUUCCUGUACCACAACUUCGGCGUCCCCAUCUUCGGCCAUGUGCAGCUCGCCGUCAACUUCCUCACCCUCCUAGUCCUCUGGAAGUGGCCCGUGCCCAGGAAGAACAAAGACCACUGACCUUGGUCUCCGGCCCCCGCCCCCGCCCCCGCAGUAAACUUCCUGAGGACCUCU